AUGUUUCUUCACGUUCUUCUUGCCUGGGGUGGAGUGUCCGCCGCUUAUGCUCAAACUACUGCUAGCUCACCCUUCUUGGCUCAGUGGCUUAACUUGAGUGACUACUCCAUUUCUACUGUUGGAGGCGAUGACACUCAUACCACGUACAAUGUAAAGUGUGAUGCCGAGGCCACUCUUUGCUCGCUUCCUGCGACUGGUGUGACCGUUGUCACUGCCCCAUCAUUUGUCGAACUAUCAUAUACAAUUCCUUCUGAGACAUUUACCUCCGUAGUCGAUUGUAGCUAUAUCGACGCUCGAGCAUCGGCAGUAUGUGUUACUUUACGAAUGGCUCCUGGUGUGGCUGUUCAGAGCGGUUCUUCCGUAACACUCUUGGGUAUGGCUACCACGACUGUCACCCUGCCCGCCGCUUCCGUUGAACUUGGCUUUAACACGGCUGCUACAACAACUGCCAUUGUCCGGACGACCGUGGGAGUUGUUUCAGCAACAGGGACUGCUUCUCACAGCGAGACUGCGACGAAAACUGGCGCUGCGGCGAGUGCAACGAAGACUGGCGGUGCGAGCGAGGAAUAUGGGCACCGUAAUUCUGGCCUGGUUGUGGGCGCCGCAAUGGUUGGCCUAUCUUUGUUAUCCAGUGCAUUGGUGUCUAUGUUCUAG